UCUCGCCCGCUCACCCACUUCCCACCGUCCUGGAGUGGGUCCGUGCCCACGAUCCGCGCAAGCGGUUUUCGCAAACGCCCCGACUUGCGUAACGGCCGCCUCGCAGGAGCGGGCAGUCCCGCGCCCUCCCCGCCCCUCGCGGACCGGCGACUGUCGCUGGGCCCGACCCUCUUCCCCGCCCGCGGUGGCCUGGGAACGGGGCGGCAGGACGACGGGGCGUCCGGGCCGGAGCCAGGCGUGGCCGUGGCCGCAGGGAGGGGAGUUGGGCGACGCUCCCCGGCAGUGACAGCGGGAGGCGAGCGCGGGCGGCGAACAUUGGCGACGCUCCCCAGCCGUGACAGCCGGCGGCGCGCGCGGGCGGCGGACUUUGGCGACAUUCCCCGGCAGUGACAGGCGGGGCGGGGCGGCGGCGCGGCGGCCUCAUUCCGGGGCGGGCGGGCGCCGAGCGCGGCGCGGGCGGGCCGGCUGACGGAGGAGCGAGCGGGCCGGCCGGGGAUGCCGCUCGGGGCGCCGCGGUCCUCGUGUCAGUGAGCGCCGCGCACCGCCGCAGCCAUGACGGUGGAGUUCGAGGAGUGCAUCAAGGACUCGCCGCGCUUCAGGGCUACUAUUGACGAGGUGGAAACAGACGUGGUGGAGAUCGAGGCAAAACUAGACAAGCUGGUCAAGCUGUGCAGUGGCAUGAUCGAGGCUGGCAAGGCCUAUGUCACGACCAACAGGCUCUUCGUGAGUGGUGUUCGAGACCUGUCCCAGCAGUGCCAGGGCGACACCGUCAUCUCGGAAUGUCUGCAGAGGUUUGGAGACAGCUUGCAGGAGAUGGUCAACUACCACAUGAUCCUGUUUGACCAGGCCCAGAGGUCUGUGCGGCAGCAACUGCACAACUUCGUCAAAGAGGAUGUGCGGAAAUUCAAGGAGACCAAGAAACAGUUUGACAAAGUUCGGGAGGACAUGGAGCUGUCCCUCGUGAGGAAUGCCCAGGCCCCACGGCACCGGCCCCACGAGGUGGAGGAGGCCACAGGUGCCUUGACCCUCACCCGGAAGUGUUUCCGUCACCUGGCACUAGACUAUGUGCUCCAGAUCAACGUACUCCAGGCCAAGAAGAAGUUUGAGAUCUUGGAUUCUAUGCUGUCCUUCAUGCACGCCCAGCACAGCUUCUUCCAGCAGGGCUAUAGCCUGCUGCACCAGCUGGACCCCUACAUGAAGAAGCUGGCAGCCGAGCUAGACCAGCUGGUGAUCGACUCGGCGGUGGAAAAGCGUGAGAUGGAGCGAAAGCAUGCUGCCAUCCAGCAGCGGACGCUGCUGCAGGACUUCUCCUACGAUGAGCCCAAAGUGGAGUUUGAUGUGGACGCGCCCAGCGGUGUGGUGAUGGAGGGCUACCUCUUCAAGAGGGCCAGUAAUGCCUUCAAGACGUGGAACCGGCGCUGGUUCUCCAUCCAGAACAGCCAGCUGGUCUACCAGAAGAAACUCAAGGACGUGCUCACCGUGGUGGUGGAUGACCUCCGUCUGUGCUCCGUGAAGCCAUGUGAGGACAUCGAACGGAGGUUCUGUUUUGAGGUCGUGUCACCCACCAAGAGCUGCAUGCUGCAGGCCGACUCAGAGAAGCUGCGGCAGGCCUGGGUUCAAGCUGUGCAGGCCAGCAUCGCCUCUGCCUACCGGGAGAGCCCGGACAGCUGCUACAGUGAGAGGCUGGACCGCACGGCGUCUCCAUCCACGAGCAGCAUCGACUCUGCUACGGACUCGCGGGAGCGCAGCGUCAAGGGCGAGAGCGUGCUGCAGCGUGUGCAGAACGUGGCUGGCAAUAGCCAGUGUGGGGACUGUGGCCAGCCGGAUCCCCGCUGGGCCAGCAUCAACCUGGGGGUGCUGCUCUGCAUCGAGUGCUCCGGCAUCCACAGGAGCCUGGGUGUCCACUGCUCCAAGGUGCGGUCCCUGACCCUGGACUCAUGGGAGCCAGAGCUGCUGAAGCUGAUGUGUGAGCUCGGAAACAGCACCGUGAACCAGAUCUACGAGGCUCAGUGUGAGGGGCCAGGUGGCAGGAAGCCCACAGCCAGCAGCCCUAGGCAGGACAAGGAGGCCUGGAUCAAGGACAAGUAUGUGGAGAAGAAGUUCCUGCGGAAGCCACCGUCGGCGGCACCAGCCCGGGACGUCCCCCGGCCCUGGAGGGCGCAAAAGUGCCAGCGCCACCACAGCUCCCCCCGGGUCCCCGCUGCCCGCCGCAAGGUCCGGCUGGAGCCCAUCCUGCCCUCUGUGGCUGCUCUGUCCUCAGCAGGUGCUGUGGAGCGCAAGUUCCGGAGGGACUCUCUCUUCUGCCCGGAUGAGCUGGACUCCCUCUUCUCCUACUUCGAUGCUGGGGCUGCUGCAGCCGGUCCACGGAGUCUGAGCAGCGACAGUGGCUUAGGAGGCAGCUCUGAUGGCAGCUCUGACGUUCUGGCCUUUGGCGCAGGCUCUGUUGUGGACAGCGUCACUGAGGAGGAGGGUGCAGAGUCGGAGGAGUCCAGCGGGGAGGCGGAUGGAGAAGCAGAGGCCUGGGGCCUGGCGGACGUGCGCGAGCUGCACCCUGGUCUACUGGCGCACAGAGCGGCGCGAACCCGAGACCUCCGAGCGCUGGCCAUGGCGCUGGCGCACGGGGCAGAGGUCAACUGGGCCGACGCGGAGGACGAGGGCAAGACGCCGUUGGUGCAGGCUGUGCUGGGGGGCUCCCUGAUUGUCUGUGAAUUCCUUCUGCAAAACGGAGCAGACGUGAACCAAAGAGACAGCCGGGGCAGGGCGCCGCUGCACCACGCCACACUCCUGGGACGCACGGGUCAGGUCUGCCUGUUCUUGAAGCGGGGGGCCGACCAGCACGCCUUGGACCACAAGCAGCAGGACCCGCUGAGCAUCGCCAUCCAGGAGGCAAACGCGGACAUCGUCACUUUGCUCCGGCUGGCCCGCAUGGCUGAGGAGAUGCGAGAGGCGGAGGCGCCCCCGGGCCAGCCGGGCCCCCUGGCGGGCAGCAGCCCCACGGAGCUCCAGUACCGCAGGUGCAUCCAGGAGUUCAUCAGCCUCCACCUGGAGGAGAGCUAGGGCGGCCAGGCCCCUGCCCUGCCCGGGACGCCCCGGCCGCUUCCUGGAGCCCCAGCUGCCUGCUCUGGCCUCCUGGGAGCUGCCCGACCCCCAGGGCCGUGAGAGGGACCCCGGCACGGAGUCUUCUGAAGGCCCACGUUUCCCCCUGGGAGGUGCUGCAUCAUCUGAUGCCCCUCGCCACACCCGGGGACCCUACGUCUUCAGGUGGCCCCUUCCUCGGGAGCCCGGGUCGCUCAUGUCACAAACCACUCUCAAGGCCCCGUGUCACCUUGUGCCCCUCAGAACCACCCUCCCUCCCCCGCUCUGGGGCCGGUGUCACCUCGUGCCCCCGCCUUUACUGCCAUGGAACACUGACCUGCUAGUUGGGUCCCUCCUACACACCCCCAGAGCCCCUCUGCUAGGCCUUGGGGCUGGUGGCUGGCCACCAGCGCCUCUCAAGGGCAGAAGGGGACAGCCCAUCCAGGGAAUCAACCCGCGUACCUCACUUAGUGACCGGCAUCCAGGCUGGGCUUCUCGGGUGCUGGAGGGGGGGGGGGGGGUGGGCUGUGGCCUGGGGCCUCAGCCCUGGCUGGACGCGGGCGUCCCGAGGCCAUGUGGCUGGCCACGCAGGCCCCAGUCCUGGGCAGCCCGAGACCUGUCUCUGCCUCCUCCAGAGGCGCUUGGCCCAGAGCCGGUGCAUAAAGGACUUUGGCACUUUCCGCCCCUGCAUCCGACAUUCUUUGUCACAGACUGAGCGGAUUUUCUACAACGAUCUCUUUCUCACUUUGUCUUGUGUCUUUUCUCUGUGGACUCUCGAGGGCCACCUGGACGGGCCCGGCUCUGCCUGCUGCUGGGGGGGGGGGGGGGAGGGGUGGGGCUCCUGCAGCUCUGUUCUGCCCCUCACCUGCCUCCUCGCUCCUCUAGCUGGGCCCUUGGAUGGGCCCAGGGGUCCCUCAGCUCACUCCCCAGGGCCCACCAAGGUGUUCGCUCUGCAUUCCCCUUUCCUGGAGCCCUGGGGCAGUGGCUGGGCCUCUCCCCAACUUACAUCCUUGGUCAGGCCAAGGCCAGUUGGCUGGUCACUAUGCAAAAACUGUCCAGGGAGGCUCCAUUGGCGGCAAGGUGGGUGCUGACUAAGCGCCCCCCCCAUCUCCCUUGCCUGUUGGCCGUGACCCCUAAAGAGCAGAAUUAACUCCCUCCUUUCUCCCUGCUUGAGCUCUGCCCCCACCUCCCACCCCACCACCUGCAUCAGGGCCUCGGGCUGGCAGGACCCGCCCCCUGCUCCAGAUCACAGUUAAUAAACUGCUGCUUGCA